AUGCCCAACCAAAUGACCAAAGAGGACGCAUCUCGCAUCCAAGGCAGCCAGGCAAAGGCGGGAAAUGACAUGUCGUCCGGCGGCUUCGCCGCCAGAGCCCAGGGCGCGGGUGACAGAAACACGAACGCCGGAGUCGGUGCUCAAGGACAGGGCCAGGGAGGUCAGGGUCAGCAGGGCGGGCAGAAGAAGUAG